AUGAUUGGUUUUGCGUUCAUGUUUUCAUCAUUCAUCAGCAAAUCCACUUCAUCCACAACUGUCGGUUUCUCCGUAUAUAUAGUUGGCUUCCUGACACAGGUGGUUACGAUAUUUGGAUUUCCCUACACUGACAACUUCUCUAACACACAAAGGAUCAUCUGGUCUUUCUUCCCACCUAAUCUUCUUGCUAAAGCCCUUCAGUUGCUUGCUGAUGCUACUUCCACUCCUCAAGACCCUGGUAUCAGGUGGAGCCAUAUUGGGAAGUGUGCACCAAAUGACAUUGACUGUAUAAUAACAGUGAGUGAUAUCUAUAUAUGGCUUGUAUCAACCUAUAUCCUGUGGGUUUCCCUUGCAAUAUACUUUGAUAAUAUCUUCCCCAACUCAUCAGGUGUAAGAAAACCAAUUUUCUACUGUCUGAACCCUGGAUACUGGUCAGGGAAAGGUGGAAACAAGGUGGAAGAGGGUCGGAUCUGUAGUUGCAUGUGGUCUGUUCCAACAUUGGGAAACACGUAUCCAGAUGAUGAAGAUGUACUUCAAGAGGAAAACAUUGUGAAGCAGCAACAUAGAGAAGGUUUUGUUGAUCCAAAUCUUGCAGUUGAGAUACAUGGUCUUGAGAAGGUAUAUCCUGGAAGAACUAACAUUGGUUGCUGCAAUUGCAAGAGAAGUGCACCUUACCAUGCACUCAAGGGCUUAUGGAUGAACUUCCCAAAGGAUCAGCUUUUUUGUCUUCUAGGACCAAAUGGAGCUGGAAAAACUACUGCAAUCAAUUGCUUAACAGGAAUCACACCGGUCACUGAAGGAGAUGCUCUCAUAUACGGACAUUCCAUCCGAAGCUCUGUUGGCAUGUCAAAUAUCCAGAAAAUGAUAGGUGUUUGCCCCCAGUUUGAUAUUCUUUGGGAUGCACUGUCUGGUCAAGAACACCUCUAUCUAUUUGCCAGUAUCAAGGGCCUCCCCCCUGCUUCACUUAAAACGGUUGUUCAAAAAUCAUUGGCGGAGGUAAGACUCACAGAGGCAGCCAGAGUAACAUCUUGCAGCUACAGUGGAGGAAUGAAACGCCGCCUCAGUGUUGCAAUAGCUCUAAUCGGUGAACCAAAGUUGGUCAUCUUAGAUGAACCGACUACUGGCAUGGACCCCAUAACUCGAAGACAUGUUUGGGACGUUAUUGAGAAUGCAAAGAAAGGGAGAGCCAUUAUUCUAACAACACAUUCAAUGGAAGAAGCUGAUAUUUUAAGUGAUCGAAUUGGAAUCAUGGCAAAAGGUAGGCUUCGCUGCAUUGGGAAUUCAAUCAGGUUGAAAUCAAGAUUUGGAACUGGUUACAUUGCCCAUAUAAGGUUCUCAGCCACCUCUGCUAAUGUGACUCCUUCUAGAGAAGAUGUCACUGCUCCAGCAUGUCAUGAGGAAGUGAAGCUGUUUUUUAAAGAUUGUUUAGAUGUAGUUCCAAAAGACGAAAACAAGUCAUUCCCGACGUUCGUUAUCCCACAUUACAAGGAGGACCGACUAACUAAAUUCUUCGAGGAACUAGAAAAUAGAGAGGAGGAAUUUGUUGAAGGUCAUCACUAG